AUGGCUUCAUGUGAUGGAAUUGAUUUUGUUAACAAUGAUGACUUGGUAUGGCAAUAUUGCCCGACGUUUGCGCCUGCGGUUCUCUUUGCCGUGUUGUUCUUCCUGACCACGGCAGCCCAUGUUAUACAGGCCUUUAUAUUCAAGAAGGCAUGCAAGAAAACCACUUCAUCCCAAUCAUAUAAGCCAUUCUCCUGGGUUAUCAUUGUAGGUAGUGCAUGGGAAACUAUCGCCUAUGCUCUACGAGCAGCCGGUGCAAAGGACAUAUAUCAAAAGGGAUUCGGUCUUCCACAUCAUAUCCUGAUCGCUCUCGCUCCUCUCUGGAUAAACGCAUAUGUCUACAUGGUCCUCGGGCGCAUGGUACACUUCUUCCUCCCCGACCAGAGAUGUUUCGGUAUCUCAGCACGGAGGCUGACAGUCAUCUUCGUCUGUCUGGAUAUCAUCGCCUUCCUCACGCAGGGAGCUUCGACUAGUCUUCUAAAUUCUGAUACCCCAAGUAGCAUUAAGAUCGGAAUUGACCUUUAUAUGGGCGGCAUCGGCCUCCAGGAACUAUUCAUCCUAAUAUUCGCUGGCCUUGCGGUUCGAUUUCAAAGCAAAAUGGCCAUCGUCGAGCAAAGAGAGUGUCCCAGGAGCUCAUGGAGACCCCUUCUCUAUACAGUUUAUGCCACUCUCGCCUUAAUCACCGUCCGGAUCAUCUAUCGACUUGUCGAAUACUCGGGCGGCCUUCACUCAGCUAUUGCCACUAAUGAAAAUGCAUUUUACAUCCUCGAUGCAAGUCCGAUGUUCCUAGCUCUUUUGGCAUUAAACAUCUUUCAUCCAGGAAGAUUCCUCGUUGGACCAGGAAGUGAGUUUGAGAAAAAGCCCAAGAAGGAUAAGAAGAGGAAAAACAAGAAUAAGUUGGCUGGUGGCAAGUGGACUUUGGAUGAUAACGGCCAGGGCCAUUUUGAGGAAUUGCCUUUGGACGAAAGGGGCCAUGAGUAUGACCAACAUUAUCAUUCGUUUGAGCCCCCAGAGAGAUAG